AUGCAGGCGCCGACGUGGGGGCGGGCGGAGCGCGAGGAGGCUGCCAAGCAGAGCUCUGACUCGUUUGGCGAGCGCGCCGCGCUGCUCGCCUCGCUCGCCGCCGAUGCGCUCUCCGGCGCGGCAAGGACGGCAGAGGUGGACUUUGCCGCCUACCGGGCGCUGCGGCGGAGCGGCAGGCUGGCCGCUGGGAACCGAGAGACGGGAGGGGGUGGGGCGGCUGGGCGAGCGCAGCGCGUCACGCGGCUGCAGCAGCGGCAGCUCUCCGCGGCGCAACGGGAGCUUCGGCUUGCCUCCGCCUUCGUCACUCGCGCCGCCAAGGACAGCUCGGACGCCGUCGCCCUUGGCGCCGAGGUGCGGCCGGCGCCGAGCAGUGCGGCGGUGGUGCGCGAGCUGGCGGCGGCGCUGAGGGACGAGUACGCCGCUUCGGCGGCGCAGGCGGCGCGUGGGUCGCCGUUUGCGCGGCAGCUGCAGCCGUUCGACGGUCUGACGUCGCCUCUCCGCGGCAGUGGCGAGGCGAGGGCCGCUCCGUCGCUCGCCCCAGGGGCCGUCUCCCCAGAGGCCCUCCCCUUGGAGGUGCCCCUCCCCUUGGAGGUGCCCCCCGUCGAGGAGGCGUACGGCGCGCCCUCCGCCGCACCCUCCGACGGGGCGCGCGGCGGAGGCUGGCGCGACUUGCGCGAUGCGGCCACGCUUGCUAGAGGCGGCGGCGGCGCGGGGGGAGGGGCACCGCCGGUCGAUGGGGCCGGCAGGCAGCAGUUCGACGUCGGGUUUGACCCGCGCGUCGUCGAAGCCGCCGUCAGUGGCGCGCUCAGUCGUGGCGGCGCGGCGCCUCUGAGCCGAACGCCAGGGCGUGUCGAGGAGGAGGAGGAGGAGGCGUUCGUGUUUGACGUUGCGGCGGUGGAGGUGGAGGACGAGGCCGAGUCGCAGCAGAAGAAGGCCCUCGCUCUAGCCGACGCGGCGCUCUUUGCCGCCGAGGCGCGCCCGGCCCGCACACUUGAGCUGGAGGCGGAGGAGGAGCGAGAGUGGGAAGCGUUGCGCGCUUUCACGCCGGAGGAGGUGGCCGGUCGGCAGAGGGAGGAGGAGGCGUGGGCGGCACUGGUCGAGGCGGUGACGGAGGUGAUCGAGCGGGAGUGA